AGGAGUUUCUAGAGAAACACUUCUCUUUAACCCAAAGAAAAGGAAGAGAAACUUCAGUUCUGAAAUGCCACUACCAAGCAGAGCAAAGCUUCCUUUCACCAAAGGAUUGCCCUGAAAUUUGGGCUUGGUCCACGUAGAGCUUGGUAUGGCAAGAACAGCAGUCUGCUUCUCCUUCAGUAGCUCUGUGCUCACUGAGAAACCCAGCCCUGAGAUGGUUACGUGCAAGGAUAUGUAUUUUAAUAGCAGCCUAUAAAGUAGGUCUUAGGAUUCAGAUCGGACAAGUUCCCUGCAGCUCUCUGCACUGUCUAGACAAAACAAGGCAGCAGUAAAACCAAGGCAGCAGGUAAUGAUCGCCUCCAAAAUACAUGUACACCUUCUUUCAGACAGAGGUAAAUCCAUCUGGAUAAUAUGCUGGCACUAAAUUGCAAGGAAAACAAUCGCUUGUCCCCGGAGGGGGAAGCAGGAGAGAAAGAAUGUUUUUGUCUAUGCUGAGCUCCUUCAGGAGGCUUUCAAUGGUUAGACUGGAAUUAACUCGCAGACAGGCCUUGCUCCAGCAAUCACUGAGCAAGGGACAGGGCUUGUAAGACACACAGCUGUCACCAACACUGGUCUGUAAGCCUUGAAAUGACUCCAUGAAAAAUGCACAUUCCAGGGUCAACAACCUAGCUUCCCAGAGAAGCAAGAGCCCUUGCAUCAGCCUGACCUCAGCUCAGGUAAGCGUCCCAGAUAAGGGACACAACACAGAUUUCCUUUUCAGGGUGUGCCCAGUCAAGCACCUUAAGAGCUUUGUUAAACCAAGGCUACUGCAAAUAGUAUUUCACAUGCUGAUAGCUACAGCACUUCAGGCCAGCAUUAGCGAGCUGCCAACACCUGUGAAGACCAGGAGAGCCAGUCUGAAUACUGAGAGCUGCUGACUUACACCUCUGAACAGCUCAAAAUCGAGCAAGGAAGGAUGAGAGAAGGAAGGAGUGAGUCAAGUUAAGCAGGCGGGGAAAUUACAGAGAGAGGAUGACACUGGUACUAAGACCUUGGCAAAACCCCCAACAGCACCUCAGAGAUUCACUUGGAGCUUGAGUCCAACACAGCCUCAGCUCAUUUCAGAGUCCAUGUCACCUCCCCCAAUUAGUUAAAGAGGCACUGAGCCACAAACUGUCAACGCUGCAUCAGAAUUUAUGGGUGCAAAUCCCCUCCUUUGCUCUGCAUGGUGCAGGCUGUGACCACAGGCACAGAAGAGGAUGCAUUGGUGCCUCCAUAACCAGAACACAAGAGGACCUUAACCUCACAGAAGGGAGGAAGUGCGAGACCAGUUGAACCACGAGCUCAACUCAAGGGAUGUGAGCCCUACUUCCAGAUCCGCAAGUGGCUUCUACCACGACCAUUACCUAUCUGUGCCACCACCCUCCCUUUCACAACCAAAAACCAGAGAAGAAAGGUCCUGUCUUCCCUGCAGGGACACUACAAAGCUAUGACUGUAAAACAUCCAGAGAGCUUCUGGUGCUUUGCCAUAGGGACACCACUGGCAUUCCAGUGCUAACCUUUGCCUACACGCUAAUAACGCGCUAAAAACUCCCAAUAGAGGUUGUGAAAGUCCGUUCCACCACUGAAUCAACCACAUAAAAUACCAGCAUCUGACACAAAAAUCAGGCUCCAAGUAUCGACUUAGCAAGUACUCCAUUUCUAAUCACACCUGUAUUCAACCUAGGACCCUUUUGUAACACUAGUAGAGGUCUCCCGCACAGCAAACAGGAGUUGCUCAGUUCAGGCAUAUCCCUUGCAGCUCCACAAUGCUUGCUUGCAGACCUGGGGAGAAGAGACCAGUUCCUCUCUGUGCCAUGCUCCAUCUCUGUCACCAGCUUCCCUUCUAAGAACUCAAAAAUACCUUAGAAAUAAAAAUAAAAAUCCCCCAAACCUGUAUUCUGUACUUUCCAAAGGCAGUAUUUUUCCUGGAUAACUAAUUAAGGGACACACUGCUGUGGCAGGCUGAGUCUUCAGACACAGUGUGCUCAGUCUAACGCCAGGUUUUACAAGCAUUGCUUCCUGACUGAUCAGGCUUUCCCCACAUACCUUGCUUUUCUUGCUAGGACGCUGCACGAGAUCAGCUCUGCCGUGCCAAAAUGCUGCUGGGCACCACAUUCUGCCCAGUGGCCAGCAGCUCUAACCCCUGGGAUGCUGCUGGUUGCAGUGGCAGGUCCUGAAUUCCCUGUCACCUCCCCUGCACAGCCCCUUUGAGCACCACCUUCCUCACAUAGAAGUGCCAGAACUUUCCCCCCAAACUACAGCCCCAUCUUUGCUCUCCUCAUCCCUCUUCCUCUCACACAGCUUCAAUGUCCCUGAAAGCCUAACAGCACUUCCCACCCUCACCCACUUCUCCUCUUUCCAGACCCCCUUCCUGCCUUUUCCUCUCGCAGGACAUGCACAGCUCUCCUCUCCUGACCCACGAGAGGCUCCUGGAAGCAGCUCUCCGCCAGCUUUCAGUUCUUCCUCUCUGCAAGGAAUUCAGUGCACUACAGAAAGAUGAGGCGAUAGGCAGAUUGCAGGGCUACACACGCAGCACGCGCUCAGCCACGAACCCACCGCUCUCCUCCUGACCCAAGCAAACGCAGAUGAAGGUAUCAUUAAAAAACCCCAACAACUAAACAGCAAACAGAAAGAGUCCUGUUAUUAAGUGUGCCAAGAACUGAGGUCAGUCUCUGCUCUGCCUUAAAAAUAUGGGGUUGGAUGAGAGCCUUCUCAGAUCCACAGUCGGGGGAGGCUCCAGUGAGUCCUGCCACAAGCAGGAACAGACUACGUUAGCAGCUCACAACUUAGCAGCACAGACAGCACGGGGACAUUUCAAGCUUUGGCUGUGUGUUUCCUUUCUCCACCUUAAGGUUUCUGUAGAGCACCCCACUGUCAUCUUUGGUCCACUCUGGACCUUCACUGACAUCUGUAACUAAGUGCUGAGCACCAGGCGAGAAAUCAGUAUAAUGGCUGGGGAAAAAAAAAUGAAAUCCAACAGCAAAGCGACUGAGAAAAAUCCUAGAGCAUCUUCAACACUACUCAGUUACCAAAUAUAGGGCAUAUGUGAUAGAUCUUGCAACAAAUACAAGACCCUUGACAGCUCUCCUAUGUUGAACAUCUCCUUGAAGGAAAACUGGACACAAUGCUAUAAUAUCUCAGGGGAAGCUUGACCACUCUGAAAGAGUACACAAACUCUUCUCAUUAAAGUCUAUGUUUACCACAUGGCAAGUCAGUGAUUAGGAAAAUAGCAUGACAUGCAACUUAAAAGAAAAAUGUUCCAGUGCUGUGCUGUAUGGGAAAAAAUAAUUAAAAAGGAUCAAAGUUUUGGCUCAGAGACACAGUUUCCAUUUAAAUAUGUGACUGAUGCAUCUUUUCUUGCUUUUUGGGGGAAAAAAAAGAACACAAUAAAGAAAAAAUUUCAGCAAUGCAUAUUUUCUGUAGUGAUAAAACUGCAGCUCUCCAUAGACCAGAAUCAGCAGAACAGUCCAACUGCUAGGGUAAAGGCAACGCUUACAUUUGAUCCUAAUCUACAACAUCUGUAAGGAUCAAGGGAAAGACAGAGCACAAGGCCUUGAGAAAUCUCCCGGAUUCUUAAAGAAAACAUUUAUAUUCUCACUAAGCCAACGUCCUGCUCAAAGCCCUGUCUCAGAUAGUAACCCUAGAAACUGGGCUCUGGUCCCCGUAUCAGACGGCACGCACACCAGCUGCCUGGGGAAGACGUGGAGCCCCAGAAAAGGGGGAAAACCCAGUUAUUGCUCAGACUGUGACAGCUCAAAUGUGAAGCAGUGACGGAGUUUCUCGACCUCCUGCAGCAAGUGCUUGAAUCCAGAGCAGCUGUUAAAUCACAGCAGGAAAGGGAGAGUGAGAAUUUGCAGUUUGCCGGGCGUUUCCAGCUUCUCAGCCCCCUUUCCCGCUCCCCCACCCUGCCCUAGCGUUUACUGUAAAGCAGGGAAUAAGCUUUAUCAGAGCUAGAAUCCCUGGAAACCCCAGUCCGCAGCCCGCAGAGGGCACCAGCGAGAUGCGUUUGGAGCAGGCGGGGAGCGGCAGCGAGUCAUUUCUGGUAAAACUUCUUUAAUGUGAGGAAUGUCACGGGCUGGUACGGCUGGCAGAGUUUUAGACUGGACUUUUUUCCUUUUUAAGUUUUUUUAUCUUUUAAUUAUCCUAUGACUCCUUGAUGCGAAGGCUACACUGUGCUCACACUGCCAGUUCGCUCAUACAAGCCACACAAGAAAUAAUAUUGUGAGAAAAAGGGGGUGUGGGGGGGUGAGAAGCCCAACUCUGAAAAGGCAAAAAAAGAGUGAGGCUGGGCCAGCUGAUGUAAACAAGUUAUGAAAUAACUCAGGUUUGUAUAACUGGCCCGAUUGUGUAAUGCCUUCCCCAGAAGUGGUAGAUUUAGUCGAUCUAGGCAUAUAAGUCAUUUCGAGGUAUUUUCUUGGGAAAAUGAAAGGGGAAAAAAGACAAACCACAAGACUGGGCUUUCAGGUCCGUCAAUUCACGCCGCUUCCACAGGAAAUAUUCCCCAUUCUCGAAGCGCCGCCCGGUAGUGGGGCUUGAGCGGGGAGCGGGGCCGGGGAGCGCGGGGAACGCUCCGGCGAGCCCCAGGGAACUCCCGCUCGGAAAAAGGCACGGCCUGCCGGGGAGCGGCCGGCGGAGCCAAGGAGCGGGCGGGCAGGGGGCUGAGCACAGCGGCACGCCGCCGGCCCCGGGGUGCCAGCGUGGGCCCCGAGGCAAAGGCAAAGAGAGUGUCAGCGUCUCGGAGACGAAGUUUAACGGGGGAGAAUCGGGCAGACAACCGCAGGCGCUGGAAAGACCCAGAGCCCGCUUCCAGCCAUCCCUCCGUGUUCCACGGCGGCUGCGACAGCUCCGUGAAUAACUCGGGCGGCACCUCCCAAAGUCCCAGCGAAGCCGCCCAAAGUGCUGCGGGCGAGCCCCGGGCACCACCCGGGCAGGCGCGAUGAACGUGGACAGCGAGAAGCUCCCAAUGAGAACAAAAGCAGGAAGGAGGAAGAGUUCGGUGCGCCCCUAUAUUCGCGUUACCGGCCUCGCAGAGAAGUCGCCCGUAGAGCCCUUUGGCUGCCGAGCGGGUCCCGGCCCGGCGCUGCGGCGGCUGCCCGGCCGACAGGCGGGGGCUCGGCACCGACAGCCGGCACCCCGCUCCACCUGGGGCCGGCCCAGCGGAGACCGCCCGCCGGGCGCUGCCUCGCCGCUGUCCCCGCUCGGGGCAGGCCGUGCCUCCCACAACAGCCCCGGCCCGACAGGCGGGGAGCUCCGGUCAGCGUCCCUCCGGACGCGUCGCGGCACCCGCUCCGGGGCGGGCGGACAGCGAGCGAAGGAAAACGGCGGCGCCCCGCUCAGGGCGGGCGGCGGGACGGAGCGGCGGCUGCGGACAGCCCCGCGCCCCGGCACCGCCUGCGCCCCCGCCACCGGCGCCUCUCCGCCGGGCGCCCGCGCCUCCAGCGCGGAGGAAGCGCCGGCCGCUCCCCGGGCGUGGCGGUGAACUCCCGUCCCGGGAGCGCUCGGAGCAGCCCCCGGAGGGACCGGGGGAGAGGG